AUAACGCACUCCAAAUGGUUAAUUUUUUUUUCCCUGUAAUAAAUCAAACAGGGUUUUGCGAAUGUUUUGCUCACAUUCGCAAAGAAGGCUGAAAAGAAACUGCAGGAACCUUCACCAUCACCUUCACCAUGGGCUCUAAGCGGAGGAGGGCCACCUCCCCGUCCAGCAGCGUGAGCGGUGGAGACUUUGAAGACAGCCAGCCGGCGCCGACCUCCUCGUCCAGCCGCAAGAGAAGAAGAACAGCGAACAUUCCUACGGUUGAUCCUAUUGCAGUGUGUCAUGAACUUUACAACACCAUCAGAGACUAUAAGGAUGACCAGGGCAGGAUGUUGUGUGAACUCUUUAUCAGAGCACCAAAAAGAAGGAACCAGCCUGAUUACUAUGACGUGGUGUCUCAGCCCAUUGACAUGAUGAAGAUCCAGCAGAAGCUGAAAAUGGAGGAGUACGAUGACGUGGAGCAGCUCACCCUCGAUUUCCAGCUCCUCUUUAACAACACUAAGACCUACUACAAACCUGAAACCCCAGAGUACCGAGCUGCAUGUAAAUUAUGGGACCUUUACAUUCGCACCAAGAAUGAGUUUGUGCAGCGAGGAGACUAUGAUGAAGAUGAUGAUGACGGUGAUGAUGCACGAGAAACUCCAGGAAGCGCCAUGGAGGAUGAGGCUGCAGCCAGUCUUAAGGAGGUUUUGGAGCAGCUGCUGGACACAGUGUUGAGACACAACGAACACGGACGCCUCAUCAGCGAACUCUUCCAGAGACUUCCUUCUAAAAUACAAUAUCCGGAUUAUUACGCCAUUAUCAAAGAGCCAAUAGAUCUCAAGGCCAUUGCACAAAGGAUACAGAUCGGCUACUAUAAAAGUGUGAAUCAUAUGUUCAAAGACAUCGACCUGCUCGUCAAAAAUGCUAAAACAUACAAUGAGCCUGGUUCACAGGUGUUCAAGGACGCAAACACGAUCAAAAAGAUCUUUUCCCAGAGGAAGCUGGAGCUCGAGCACAUGGAGCCGAUAAAAAGCAGCAUCCGGAUCAAGAACAGAAAAUCUGUGCAUGGAGACAGACUCUCUUCAAUUACCAUGGCUUUACAGUAUGGCUCAGAGAGCGAUGAAGACGGCAUCCUCACAGGCUCGGUGCAUUAUGAUGAGGGCGAAUCAGAGGCUGAGAGCAUCCACUCCAACAUGGACAUGUCUAAUCCCAUCUUCCAGAUGUACGAGGCUAUACGAGGAGGCAGGAACAGUCAAGGGCAGCUCAUAGCUGAGCCUUUUCUUCAGCUGCCUUCCAGGAAGGACUAUCCAGACUACUACCAGCAGAUUAGCCAGCCCAUCUCCCUCCAGCAGAUUCGUGAUAAGAUGAAGAAUAAUGAAUACGAGAGUGUUGAGCAGAUGGACGCUGAUCUGAACAUGAUGUUUGAAAACGCAAAGCGCUACAAUGUUGCCACCUCCCAUAUCUACAAACGGGCUCUGAAACUACAGCACAUUCUUCAGCUGAAAAGGAAAGAGCUAGGAAGGAGAGAAGAUGAGGAUGGUGACAGUAUGCUGUCCUCCACUCUGUCAGAUGGCAGCACUACCAAACGCAAAAGUUACAAAAAGAACACGAAGAAGAACCGUUUGAAGUCUCUGUACCAGGCCGUGAUUGAGGCGCGAGAGCUGGGGACCGGUCGUAGACUCUGUGACUUAUUCAUGGUUAAACCUUCAAAGAAAGACUAUCCAGAUUAUUAUAAGAUCAUACUGGAGCCCAUGGACCUGCGCACUAUAGACCACAACAUCCGCGCAGACAGAUACACCAACGAGGAUGUCAUGGUGGAGGACAUGAAGCUGAUGUUCCGCAAUGCGAGACACUACAAUGAAGAGGGCUCACAGGUGUAUAAUGAUGCAAACACUCUGGAAAAGAUUAUGAAGGAGAAAAAGCGAGAACUCGGGCCUGCGCCAGAAGACGAUGACAUCAUCUCACCAAAACUCAAAAUAAGAAAGAGUGGCAUCUCCCCAAAGAAGUCCAAAUACCUGACGCCUCUGCAGCAGAAGCUGAAUGAGCUCUAUGAGGCGGUGAAGAACUACACAGACAAGCGAGGCCGUCGCCUCAGCACCAUCUUCCUGCGCCUGCCGUCCCGAGCUGAGCUCCCAGACUACUACCUGGCCAUCAAGAGGCCUAUAGACAUGGAGCGAGUCAAAAGCCACAUGCUGGCCAACAAGUACCAGGACGUAGACGCUCUAGUGGAGGACCUUGUGCUGAUGUUUAACAAUGCGUGUACCUAUAACGAGCCUGAGUCACUCAUCUACAAAGAUGCUCUGGUGCUUCACAAGGUCCUUCUGGAGACCAGGAGGGACUUGGAAGGAGGCGACGACUCCAGCGUUCCUGACGUACCUCGCCUCAUCCAGGAUCUGAUUCGCAGCCUGUUCGUUUCGGUUCUGGGUCACCAGGAUGACGAAGGUCGUUGCUAUAGCGACUCGCUGGCCGAGGUCGCAGCCGAGGACCCGGCCAAUCCCGACAGGCCUCGGCUGAACUUUGAGAUCAUACGGGCUAACGUUGAAAAAGGGCGCUACAAGAGGCUGGAUGUCUUCCAGGACCACAUGUUUGAAGUCCUAGAGAAGGCCAGAAGAAUGCAUAGGACGGACUCUGAGAUCUUUGAGGACGCGGUGGAGCUGCAGCACUUCUUCAUCCGGAUCAGAGAUGAACUGUGUAAGAACGGAGAGAUCCUGCUCACCCCAGCACUCAGCUACACCUCCAAACACCUGCACAGUGAUGUGGAGAAGGAGAAGAAAGAGAAGCUGCCCAAAGAGUUUGAGGAAGACAAGAUCAAAAGGGAGGAGGAGAAAAAAGAAGCAGAGAAAAGUGAAGAAUCAUCUACGGGGACGUGGCAGGGAAGCCUCCAGCGCACCUACAGUCAGGACUGCAGUUUCCGUGACAGAAUGUAUCACGUAGGGGACUAUGUCUACGUCGAGCCUGCUGAGGCGAACCUCCAGCCUCACAUCGUCUGUAUCGAGCGCCUCUGGCAGGACGACACAGGAGAGAAGUGGCUUUAUGGCUGCUGGUUUUACAGACCCAACGAGACUUUCCAUCUCGCCACACGCAAAUUUCUGGAGAAGGAAGUCUUUAAAAGUGACUACUACAACAAAAUUCCCGUUAACAAAAUUCUGGGCAAAUGUGUUGUCAUGUUUGUUAAGGAAUAUUUCAAGCUCAGCCCCGAAGGCUUUCGACCCGAGGACGUGUUUGUCUGUGAGUCCCGUUACUCGGCCAAAACCAAGUCGUUCAAAAAGAUCAAGAUGUGGACCAUGCCUCUGAGUUCGGUCAAGUUUGUCCCUCGUGACGUGCCGUUGCCAGUGGUCCGGGUGGCCUCCAUGUUUGCUCCGAAACCAGAAAGCGAGAAAGCUGCCGAGCCGACAGAGGACAACAAAAUUGUAGCCUUGGUUAUCGAUAAGGAGAGGGAGGACGUUCCUGUGGAGAUGAGCAACGGUGAGCCAGGCUGUCAGUAUUACGAUCAGCUCUGCUACAACGACAUGUGGCUUAAAGUAGGAGACUGCGUCUACAUCCGCUCUCACGGCCUAGUGCGCCACCGUGUGGGCAGAAUUGAGAAAAUGUGGGUGCGGGACGGGGCCGCCUACUUUUUCGGGCCCAUCUUCAUCUAUCCCGAGGAGACAGAACACGAACCUACCAAGAUGUUCUAUAAAAAGGAGGUGUUUCUAAGCAAUCUGGAGGAGUCAUGCCCCAUGACCUGCAUUACUGGGAAGUGCACAGUGUCCUCGUUUAAAGACUACUUGUCGUGCCGUCCGACCGAAGUGCCUGAAGAUGACGUGUUGCUGUGUGAGAGUCGCUACAUUGAGAGUGAGAAGCAGAUGAAGAAGUUUAAAGGGCUGAAGCGAUUCUCCCUCUCUGCCAAAGUAGUGGAGGAUGAAAUCUAUUAUUUUAGGAAGCUGAUCGUGCCUCAGAAGGAACCGUCUCCAUUGCUGGACAAGAAGAUUGAGGAGCUGGAGGCCAAGUUUGCUGACAUGACAGACGAAGAGCUGGAAGACCUGGGCGAUGACGACGGGGACGGCUUGGACGGCCAGGGAAUGUCUCAGCUCCAGACGCAGCUACACAGCGAUCUGGACAUGUUGUCCUACACACCGAUACAGUCGACACCAAAAUCCUUUAAGGGUCUGUCGAAGAAGGAGGGCGCAAAGAGGAAGAUCAACAUGAGCGGGUACAUCCUGUUCAGCAGCGAGAUGCGGGCGGUGAUCAAGGCCCAGCACCCAGACUUCUCUUUCGGUGAGCUGAGCCGUCUCGUAGGCACCGAGUGGAGAAAUCUGGAGUCGGCCAAGAAAGCGGAGUAUGAAGAAAGGGCCGCCAAAGUGGCGGAGCAGCAGGAGCGUGAGAGAGCGGCUCAGCAGCAGAACUCGCCGAGAGCAGGUACCCCGGUAGGGGCGCUCAUGGGGGUGGUACCCCCUCCGAGCCCUAUGGGGAUGCUUAACCACAGCAUGACGCCUAUGGCAGGCAUGAUGGGUCGCAUUUUUCAGCCACCCAUGCUGCCGCUGCGAGAUCCAGUUGAUUGCAUUGUUAGCAUGGCUGGCAUGCCGCUGCAUUUCCUGCCUGUCUUACACCGCCAUCACCCGCCAGGCAUGUGUGGCUUCCCUGGCAUGCUGUACCCGGGUAUGAAUGGAAUGGGCUCUGGAUCUACAGGAAACCACUAUGGAUCCCAGCCACUCAAAAGAGGGAGAGAAACGAAGAGGAGGAAAGAAAGGAAGAAAAAGAAAAACAGAAUGCGGAAGAAAAAAAAUGAAACAAAACAGAUCAAAAGCAGCGAAGAGUUUCAUGGCAAAAUGAGAGGAAAACAGUUACAUGGUGUAGCAAUUCCUGAUGUGGGUGGAGCACAGAAGCACGGCAGGCGAGAGUUGUUGGUCACACACAAACACUUUAUUUUUCUUUUUUCAGCACUCAUUCACUCACUCACUCAACACGCACACAUGCGUUGUGGUCGGGAGGGAGCCACUUUUCUCUGCUCUCUCCCUCCUUUUAUGCUCCGUCCCUGUAACAAAACACACACACACACACACAUACAUUAAUUGACAGCAGGUGGAAUGACUUAGCCACUUACCUUCCCUGACCCUGCCCUCCAUUCACAGACUGCUGCUUGGCCACGCCCCCGCUGCCACAUACCCCCACCGCCCGACUCAGGCCGGGGAGCCGUCUGGCCUGAAGCUAACCCCCCCGACGGGACAGGAAGCCCGCCACCACCAUCUGUGCCCCCGGCCUGUGGAUCACCUCAAACUUAAAUGGCUGGAGGGCGAGAUACCAACGGGUGAUCUGCGCAUUUGGCAUCCUUCAUGCAGGGGAGCCACUGGAGGGGCGCGUGGUCCGAACAGAGAGUGAAAGGGCGCCCCAGCAAGUAGAAUCAGAGGGCGAGGACCACCCACUUGUUGGCAAGACACUCCUUCUCAAUUGUGCUGUACUUGCUUUCACGUAUCAACAGUUUCCGGCUGAUGUACAGCACGAGGCGCUCCUCGCCCUCCACCUCCUGGGACAAAACAGCCCCCAGCCCUCUGUCCGAUGCAUCAGUCUGCAAAAUAAAGGGAAGAGAGAAGUCAGGGGAGUGUAAAAGUGGCCCCCCACACAGUGCAGCUUUUACCUCAGAGAAGGCCUGUUGGCACUGCUCCGUUCACUGGACCAGAUCUGGAGCCCCCUUUUUAGUGAGAUUGGUUAGCGGGCUGGUGACGUCCGAAUAAUUAGGUAGAAACCUACGAUAAUAGCCAGCCAGCCCCAAGAACCGUCUCAACUCCUUUUUGGUCUUGGGCCUCGGGCAGGCUGCACUGCAGUCUUGUUCAUUUGGGGACACACCUGCCCAUGACCCAAGUGGAACCCCAGAUACCGUACUUCCACCCACCCAAUUGCACACUUUUUCGGGUUAGCUGUGAGGCCCGCUCGCCUCAGCGACUUUAGAAUGGCCCUCAAGUGUUCCAAGUUCCGCGGCCAAUCAUGGCUGUAGAUUAUUAUGUUGUCCAGAUAGGCGGCCACGUAGGCAGCGUGAGGGUGGAGGACCUUGUCCAUAAGCCACUGGAACGUAGCAGGCGCCAAAUUGGUGUAAACCAAACGGUGUGGAAAAGGCUGUUUUCUCUCGGGAUAGAGGAGUCAAGGGGAUCUGCCAAUAUCCCUUUGAUAGAUGCGGCGUCGAAUAAAAGCGAGCAGCGCCUAACUGAUCAAACAACUCAUCAAUGCAAGGCAUUGGGUGUGCGUCAAAUUUAGACAUCGCAUUGACCUUUCUAUAGUCCACACAGAACCGGACUGACCUGUCAGUCUUGGGAACCAGGACCACUGAGCUGUUCCAGUCACUGUGGGACUCCUCGAUUAUGCCCAUUCCGAGCAUGGCCUUGAGUUCGUCCCGAACCACCUUUUUCUUGUGUUCGGGCAAGCGGUAAGGGCGGCUAUGCACUACCACCCCCGGGGGCGUUUCGAUGUGGUGUUCUAUGAGGUGGGUACGACCAGGAAGGGGCGAGAACAUGUCGGAAAAUUAUUUUUGCAACUUGGCCACCUCCAUGAGUUGGGCCAGUAAGAGGUGAUCUCCACAAGGGACCAGAGUGGUCCGAGAUGUUAACUUUUUCACCUCCGGCCCCAGCUCUGCCUUCUUUGGGACUACCGACGCCAACGCCACGGGGACCCCCUCAUUCCAGUGUUUUAAAAGGUUGAGGUGGUAGAUUUGCAAUGCCCCACCCCUAUCCAUUCGCCUCACCUCAUAGUCGGCGUCCCCGACUCACUGUGUGACCUUGAAGGGUCCUUGACACUUGGCAACUAAUUUGGAGCUUGACGUGGGCAAUAAUACGAGUACUUUGUCUCCCGGCAUGAAUUCUUUAAGGCGCGUGCCCAUCAUACAGCCGGAUUUGACGUUCUUGUGCCUGUCGCAAAUUCUCCUGGGUUAGGUGCUUGAGGGUGUGGAGUUUUGUGCGCAGGUCAAGAACGUACUGGAUUUCAUUUUUGCUAGGUGAAGGUCCCUCCUCCCUUUCCCCUAGCACAUCCAGAAUGCCACACGGCUUAUGCCCAUAUAAUAAUUAAAAUGGAGAAAACCCCGUAGAGGCUUGCGGGACCUCUCGUACUGCGAAUAACAGGGGCUCGACCCACUUCUCAAUUACGCGCAUCUUUACUUACAAAUUUCCGGAUUAUGUUCUUGAGUGUUUGGUUAAAUCGCUCUACUAAGCCAUCCGUUUGUGGGUGAUGGACACUGGUGUGGAUAGACUUAAUCCCCAGUAACCCAUACAGUUCGCACAGUGUGCGUGACAUAAACAAAGUACCUUGGUCUGUCAGGAUUUCUUUCGGAAUCCCGACCCAGGAGAUAAAGCGGAAGAGCACUUCCACAAUACUGCGUGCUGAGAUAUUGCAGAGAGGCACUGCUUCUGGAUAUUGCAUUGCAUAGUCCACCAGAACUAAAAUAAAGCGAUAUUCCCGUGCUGAUCAAUGUAAUGGCCCAACGAGAUCCAUCCCAAUUCGCUCAAACGGGGUCUCAAUUAGAGGAAGAGGGUGCAACGGUGCUUUUAGAGUGGCCACAGGAUUUACUAAUUGGCAUUCACGGCACGCUGCACACCACCGACGGACAUCCCCGUGAAUCCCUGGCCAGUAGAACCAGGCCAUUAUUCGGGCUAGUGUUUUAUCUUGCCCCAAGUGUCCAACCAUGGGAUUAAAGUGAGCCACAUGGAAUACGAGUUCCCUAUGGCUCUUUGGGAUUAACACUUGGGUUAUUUGUUCACUAGUUUGAGUGUCCUGCGUCAGUCGGUACAAUCUAUCUUUAAUAAUAGCAAAAUAAGGGAAGGUCGGUGCCGCGCUUGGCUGAAGAGUUUGACCAUCGAUUUCUCUCACUUGGUCAAACGCAUGCCGCAGAGUCUCGUCUCGCGACUGCUCUAACGGGAAAUCCCCAAGGUAAUCCCUGAGAGAGGGAGGAGGAGCGGGCUGCUCCUCACUCUAAUGCGGUGUUGACAUAGACGGCUCUGUGACAGCUUCUCUAGUCAAUGCCACACCGGGAUCUUUCCGUGACCUACUAGUGCAGGACCCACUACAUGUUAAAUAUUCCAUCAGCUUUUUAAACCCUGGCCAAUCAGUACCCAAAAUCAACGAGUGGGUGAGACGAGGACUAACCGCCGCCAUUACUCUAUGCAUUUGGCCCCGGAAUAGAAUACGGACAGACACUAAGGGAUAAUUGUGAACAUCCCCAUGCACACACACACACACACACACACACACACACACACACCACUUUCACCGCUUGUGCUCUCCCCAAUGCCUCACCUUGCACCAGGCGUUGGUGAAUUGAGGUCUGAUUACAACUGGAAUCCACCAAAGCGUGCUAUGUACCCCCUUGAACACUACUGGUAUGCGAUACGUUCUGGCCUGAAUGGGGGCGGUUUCUGGCGCAUCGGGGAUCCGGAUUACAGCUUCCACCUCCCUUGCGGCGCUCCGACUCCAGAGAUGCUCCAAUUCCCCGCUGCGCCAGCACACUGGCCUAGGCUUUCCCUCUGCACUGGUGUUAUGGGUGUCACUUACCUGAGGAGGAGACAACACAGACACAGAAGAGGGAGAUGGGAGGACACCACGGGUGUGACGGGCCGGCUGGAGAGGAGCCGGCCGCCGCUUCCAUGGCAGGGGAACAGGGUGGGGAGGGGGAUG